UCCAAUCAUGACUGUAGCAUCUAUACCAUUUCUUUUGCGCCUGUUGAGAAUUUCCAUCAUCUGUUCCGUCUUAGGCUUCCUACAUGUGCCUUGCUCCAGUGGAGAAAAGGAAUUUUCUUUUCACCUAAAUGAUGCUGAUAUCAAUGUGACCAGAAGCAGAUGGCGUCGAUCUCCAAACAAUCCUCCACAGCCUAUUGAUUGUAUCAUUUCCAGCUGGUCCUCAUGGAGCAUUUGUGAAUCUUGCCAGAAGAAAAGAUAUAGAUUUGCCCAUGUGGAACGGCCUUCUCAGUUUAGUGGUGACCCAUGUGAUUACUCGGACAAAGAAACCGAGGACUGUGUUCCGAACAGCCCGUGCAGAAAUACAAUUAGAUGUGAAGGUUUUCUAUGUGAUACAGGAAGAUGCAUUAAUCGGAGGCUUCUUUGCAAUGGAGAUAAUGACUGUGGGGAUCACUCAGAUGAAAAACAUUGUAAGAAAGUAUAUAAAAUGUGCAGCCAAGACACAGAACAAUACUGGGGGAUCCAAAUGCUAGCAAGUGGAUUAAAUAUCUUCACAAAUGAUCUGGAAGGAUUGGUUUUUGAUCAUAGAUAUUAUGCAGGAGCAUGUGCUCCUCAGUACAUUGCAGACACCCGAUUUAGAAAACCCUACAAUGUAGAAAGCUAUUUGGCACAGACCAAAGGCACAUAUGAAUUUACAUUGACUGAGUAUGCCUCUUAUUCAAGUUUUGAAGAAAAUGUCUCCCAGGCAAAAACAACACAGAAAAGCUUCAGCAUUGGGAUAAAAAUACCAAGCAUUUUUGAAUUUGGUUACAGUCAGAAUGACAACAGGUACAAAAGGUUCAGUCAGAGGACAAAAAGGUUCUCUUCAACGUCUAGCAAAUUUAUCCAUGCACGUUCAGAGCUGGAAGUUGCCCAGUAUAAGCUGAAGACUCGAAAUUUGAUGCUACGCUAUGAGUUCUUCCAAAGACUUCGUCGCUUGCCUUUGGAGUAUAGCUAUGGGGAAUAUCGAGAACUCUACAGGGACUAUGGAACACAUUAUAUCACUGAAGCAACCCUUGGUGGCACUUAUGAAUAUACUUUGAUCAUGAAUAGUGAAGAGCUUCAGAAGGCAGGUUACACUUUGGAUGAUGUCAGGUCCUGUACACAGAAAGGCGUCAAAAUUGGUGCAAAUAUUUACGAUGUUUAUGUAUCGGUAGGAGUAUCAUUUGGAGGCUGUGAUGCCAUUUUAAAAGAAAUUGGAGAUAGCAAGUCUGAAAAGAAAUUUGUGGAGGACUUCGUAGCCCUUAUUCGCGGAGGUGCAAGUGAACAUAUUACAGCCCUUGCUUACAAAGAUUUGCCAACACCAGAACUGAUGCAGGAAUGGGGAGAUGCUGUUCAGUACAACCCUGAAAUCAUCCGGAUGAAGGUGGAGCCUCUUUAUGAAUUAGUGACUGUAACCAGUUUUGCAAAUACAAAUACCCUGAAGCUAAAUAUGAGAAGGGCCCUAGAAGAGUUCCAACAGGAAACCAGUACCUGUCACUGUUCUCCAUGCCAGGGCAAUGGGACCCCUAUUUUGAAAGGGUCUCGCUGUGAAUGUCUAUGUCCCCUAGGACAUCGGGGCACUGCCUGUGAGAUCACACAAAGGACAGAUGUUGCUGUAGAUGGGAACUGGAGUUGUUGGUCCAGCUGGUCAGCAUGUUCUGGAGGACAGCGGAGAAGAAGUCGGGAAUGUAGCAAUCCUAGUGCACAAAAUGGUGGCAAGCCCUGCUCAGGUGUAAAUGCUGAGACUGUUAAUUGUUAAUGGGCAAAGCAGUUGUUUGGAAGAGAAGCAAACAGAUGCCCAUUUUUAUUGUUACUGUGUCUUAACAAUAUCACAUAAUAUAAUAUUAUAAUAGUGGUCAGGCACUUUUAUACGCUGAUUUUAAAAACAAUUCUCCUAUGAUAUUUAGUUGAGCUACAGACUUUUAAAAUGACUAUGACCUGAUUCAGAAACCUCUCUAACAUAUCUGUAUGGACUCCCUCAAGGUUUACCAGUUUAGUUCAAUGAACAAAGUGAACACACAGCACAGCUAUUCCAUCGCAUUCUGUGAACAGAAUUGACUGCUGAAGUAAAUGAGGAAGCCCCUUUGUGUCUCUGUGUUUCUAUGUGAGUUAACAUGAACAUCUGGAAAAGGUGUGGAUCUAAAGUCAAUUGUAGUCAGUUAAUAUUAAUUCAGAAAAUUCAUCCAAUAUCUGUCACUGAUAGUAUUUUGCAUUCUAUCAUCUCAUAACAUAUGACAAUUUGCAGUUCUAACAAUAGAAAAUGUACACCUUUCCAUAUGGUUCACUUUUAUAAUCUAGUAUACAAUUUAGCCUUUGUAUGACCUUGCUAAAUUGUUUGUAGCAUUACCAUUGGUGCCUAAAAUAUGCGUUUAUUAGCUACUGGAGGGUGCUUCAUUCUGCUGAUAUAAAAGCUUCAUUCACAGCAGCUUCAUCUGGUACGAAACCUGGAUCCAAUGUACCUAAGCUUGGCAUACCCAAGCUCCCAUUUAUUGCAUCAAAUUUAAAUUGUUUAACCAAUUAAGAUAUUGCCUUGAAGGAGAAGAUCUGAAUUCUGAAGCACUCAAAUAUCCCAGAGACACUCAAUCAUGUCAGAGCAGUGUAAUAUGAUAUGCUUAUUCGUUGGAUGAUUUUCCCCUAUAGAUUUCUCUGUAGGCAAAAGACAUACACAUGGGUCCUAGAACUUGGUGUAGGAAUGCAAUAAAAUUAAUUAAUUCAUAACAUUCUUGGGCAGAUAUUUAAGAUGUGUGCAAAUAAACAUUAACAAUUGUGUUGUAAAUGGGAAAGAUUAUUGUUAUUUUAGGAGAGAAGUUUUAAGUUAACUGUUGCAGCAGAAAAUAAGGCUACUGUCACAUGAUUUUUAGGAUUGUGUGAGGCAUUUUGGCUUGGUUGUUAUGCAGGUAUUUACUCUUCUCCAAAAAUGAUUUCAGAGAGCCUUGUUAUCCUUUCUUUCUGGUCACUCUAUAAAUAUUACAGGACCUGUCAAUCAGCAUUCUAUCCUUUGCUUUCUUCUAGUCAAUUCACUUGUUAGCAGAGCCAUCUCUGUAUUUCAGCUGGGCAAAGAAAUUCUUUCUGCAUUUAUGUUGUUAUCCUAGCACUAAUUUGAAAUGUAGACUUACAAGCACAAAAUGAAUCAAUAUUACUCCAAAAAUCUGUAUAAUACUUGGAAUUUCCCCAAGAAUGUAUUGUAAUAUGACAGGAGCAAUAAAGUUAAACUUUUUACUGA